GAGCCCGCGAUCAGGGAGAGAGAAAGGGAACGCGAUCGCGACAGGGACAGGCAGCGGGACCGGGAGAGGGACCGGGAGAGGGACGUGUCGGUUUGCAUGAUGGAGCCGCCCGACUCCGUCUUCAUCUCCCCUUCCGCGGCCCUUCUCGCGUUGCAGAGGAUAAAGGACGCUUCUCUCGUAUUUCACAAACGUCCAGCGCUAGCGGCGGGUAUUGGUUUGGGCGGUCGAGGAAACGCCGUUGGCGGAAACGGCGGCAGUUUAGGUGUCGACGGCGAAUGCGGCGACGCGCUGAAGAGACGCAAAGUUCACAGAUGCGACGUCGCCGGUUGCGACAAAGUUUACACGAAGAGCUCGCACCUAAAGGCGCACAAGAGGACUCAUACCGGCGAGAAGCCGUACCAGUGCACGUGGGAAGGCUGCACGUGGAAAUUCGCACGAUCGGACGAGCUGACGCGGCACUAUCGCAAACACACGGGCCAAAAGCCGUUCAAGUGCCAUCUCUGUCAGCGAUCGUUUUCGCGGAGCGACCACCUGUCGCUCCACAUGAAGAGGCACUGAUGCUGAGGACCGUCUAGAGAACCGCGCGACGCGAAAGAGAGAAAGCUGCCCGUCGCCGAUCGCGACGGGAGGAAAUAGAGGAAAGCUUUGGAGAACGGUCCUCGGUAAUCGGCUGGGUGAUCGCCGAGCCGAUCCUAGACGAGAAACGACGAUGAUAUUUCUUACAUUUGGGACCUGAAGAGCCGCGCCGCGCGCCGGCCCGUUCUGAACCUUACCGGUCGGGAACCGGUCGGCCGGGCGAGGCAGCAACCUAGGAAAAAGAGAAAAUUAAUCGGCGAAGCAAACAAAUUGCGUUCAUUAGAUUUAGCGCUUAAAUCGCGAGCUAUGUAAGUAAUCGCAACACCGAUCGGCUUCGAUCGGCUGAUUUUUUCGGUGCUGUCUCUCGCAAGCCGCUUUUCAACGGGAUCUCCCCGGAAAAGAGUGAUCGUAUAGCUGCGGUAAUUGGGCUGCCGGUGUCGGAAUUACGAGCGUUGAAUAAUCGCAAGAGGAGAUGAUCAUGAUGUUUUAUCAAUUGCGUCGGGCUUUAAGC